AUGAAUGGAUUAUAUACGAAUGAAGAAUGGUAUUAUGACGGACAACAUCAUGAGAUGCAUCCAAUGAAUGAUACAAACACUUAUUUGUUAAUGGAACAACAACAACAACAACUUCAAAAGCCUACUGAAUUAAGAUGUGGUGGUUUAUCUGGAAUACCUCCUACUUCUGAUCAACCUUCUUCUUGGUUAUCUAACAAUGAUUCAUCGUCGGAUCAUCAAUAUCAAAAACCAAUACAUCGAAGAUAUUCUUAUCAAUCUUCUCCAACUUCUCCUAUGAAUCCAAUGAUGAUGAUGUCUUCCAAUACUACUACUUCUUCACCUACUAAUGGUAUCACGUCAUCUUCUCCUCCUUCUACUCAUUAUUGGACUUCUCCAACUUCAUCAUCCAUUCAUUCAUAUCAACAACAACAACAACAACAACAACAACAACAACAGGCUUAUGAACAACAACAACCUCAAUCAUUACCAGUAACACCGGUGCAAUAUCAUCAAUCUCCAUUCAUGCAAUCGCCUAUCGUCACCACUACAAGAAGUCAUAGUAUCAAAAGAAACAAACUACGUCAAUCCACUUAUACACGAUGGACUUUGGAAGAAGAUGAAAGAUUGAAACAAGCUGUCAAUAUGCAUGGUCCUCAUAAAUGGUCUUUGAUUGCCUCUCAUGUACCCAAUCGAACACCAAUGCAAUGUUCCACACGAUGGUUAGGUGCUCUCAAUCCCAAUAUUCAUAAAGGUCGAUGGACAGAUUAUGAAGAUAACAUCCUCAAGUAUUCAGUGAUGGAAUAUGCUAAUGUGACGGAUAAUCAAGGUCGUAUCCAACCUAUUCCUUGGAAUCGGAUUGCUGAAAGGAUUCCCAAUCGUACUGGUAUUCAAUGUCAAGCUCGGUGGACAGAAGCUUUAGAUCCUUACGUCCGUAAAGGAAAAUGGGGCGCUGAUGAAGAUCUUUUACUACGCAGUGGAGUCAAGGAUCAUGGUCGCUGCUGGAUUCGAAUUGCUGAAACUAUUCCAGGAAGAACUCAGCGUCAAUGCCGAACAAGAUGGAUGCAACUUCAAUGUAAACACAGUAAACAACAGCAACAAUUGCAACAACAACAACAAAAACAACAAGAACAAGAAGAACAAGAGCAAGAACAAUCAUCUCAUGUUGCUAUAGGUGGUUUAUCUGGACUUACAGCAACACCUUCUUCAUCGACAUCAUCCACCUCUUCUUCGUCAUCAUCAAGUAACACAACACAAAUGGUUGAUAUGUUACCUUAUUCGUCACCAAGUAGUAUUGAUGAAGCUGUCAGCCCCUCCUCGACUGAUGACGAUCAUACCAUCAUCACCGGGCCUUCUCCUUUGACUGUCAAUACAACAUUGGUCAAUCAACAAAACUAUAUGGAUUGUUCUCCUCAAAUGGUAAACAACAAUAACAACAAAGGAUUUUAUGUUGUGGAUGAUUUCAACUCUGCUUUAUUUCGCCAACAACAACAACAACAACAACAACAGCAACAUCAUCAUCAUCAUCAUCAUCAACAACAACAACAACAACCUAUAUCCUCUACAAGUCCUCAUCCAUCAGCCUUGACUUAUCAUCAACAACAACAAUCGGUCAAACAACAAAUCUUCCAUACUUCUCCACUUCAAACUUCUCCUUCUGAUGUUUACUCUUAUUUUAAUCAAUUAUCAAGUCCUACCAAUGUGUUUUCACAACAACAUCAUCAUCAAUGA